UGCUGUUUUGGUUCUGCAUUUUCAACAUAUGGGUUGACUGUUUAGAGACCGAGUCUGUCUGUCACAGUCUGUCUGUGUGUGUGUGUGUGUGUGUGUAUAGUGCUGCCACAGAGUACUGCGUAAACUGGCACUGAGGUCAGGAUUUCUGCAGUCCAGUGUUAAAAUGGUGCCUGCUCAUGCUGCCUAUGCCUUGUUAAGCCUUGCACCCCUGUUGGUCCUCGGUGUUCCUCCCAUUUGGACCCAGCCUGAGCAGGUGCACCUCUCUUAUCCAGGAGUGCCAGGUUCAAUGGUAGUGACCUGGACCACCUUCAACAAGACAGAGAGCAAGGUGGAGUAUGGCCUUAUGGGGGGUCGGCUCUUUGAGAUGAGUGCCAAAGGUGACACUACUCUGUUUGUGGACUCAGGAGAGGAGAAGAGGAAGAUGUACAUCCACAGAGUCACUCUCACAGGUCUCAAACCUGCUGCUGCUUAUGUCUACCACUGUGGGAGUGAUGAGGGCUGGAGCGAUGUGUUCUCCUUCAUUGCUCUAAAUGACAGCACUAGUUUCAGUCCCAGGUUUGCUCUGUACGGUGACCUGGGCAACGAGAACCCUCAGUCUCUGGCUCGACUGCAAAAGGAGACACAGCUUGGCAUGUACGAUGUCAUCCUGCACAUAGGGGACUUUGCCUACGAUAUGCAUGAGGACAAUGCCAGGAUUGGAGAUGAGUUCAUGAGGCAGGUCCAAUCCAUAGCAGCCUAUGUGCCCUACAUGACCUGUCCAGGCAACCACGAAGCAACAUAUAACUUCUCCAACUAUAGGAAUCGCUUCAGCAUGCCAGGCCAGACUGAGAGCCUGUGGUACAGCUGGAACCUGGGGUCAGCACACAUCAUCUCCUUCUCCACUGAGGUUUAUUUCUAUCUCGAAUUUGGCUUGGAGCUCCUCUUCAAGCAGUACGAGUGGCUGAAGAAAGACUUGGAGGAGGCCAACAAGCCAGAGAACCGAGCAGUGCGUCCUUGGAUCAUGACCAUGGGACACAGACCCAUGUACUGCUCCGAUGACGACCAGGACGACUGUACCAUGUUUGACUCUUAUGUCCGACUGGGACUGAAUGACACCAAACCGCCAGCUCCUGGUCUAGAGGAUCUUUUUUACCGCUAUGGAGUGGAUCUGGAGUUGUGGGCACAUGAGCACACAUAUGAGAGGCUUUGGCCUGUCUACGGUGACAAGGUGUACAAUGGGAGCAAAGAGCAGCCUUAUGUGAACCCGAAAGCUCCAGUACACAUUAUCACAGGCUCUGCUGGCUGCAGAGAGAAGACCGACAGGUUCAAUCCAAACCCCAAAGAGUGGAGCGCUUUCCGCAGCACAGACUACGGCUACACCCGCAUGCAAGUGGUCAACGCCAGCCACAUUUACUUGGAGCAGGUCUCUGAUGACCAGUAUGGCAAGGUGAUUGACAGCAUAUGGGUGGUGAAAGAAAAGCAUGGCUUCUCUGCCUGGUUCUGAUGACUGCCAUCCUUAAAAAAAAAAACUAUCUGCUCAGGAAAAGCACUUUGAACUUUUGCUGCAUCAAACCAAUUAUGCACUGAUGAUGAAACGUUUUCAUUCCUAGUCAUUCAACUUUUCAAAUGAAGAAGUAGUGAAUGUUUUGAUUUCAGACAUUUUCCACUAUGAAAUAUCCAAUAAGAAGACCACUUUAUGACAAUCAUCUACUGCAAAUGUACAGUAUAUAAUGUAACUCUAAUUUGCUGUGAGGUGCUCUACUAGACAAUGUUUUGUAAACAGGGCAUCAAAAAUUGUUUUAUGUUUGAAUAAAUUGAUUUUUUGUGGA